AUGGAAACUCGGGAACUGCACCUGCCUGACGAGCCCCAACAAGGGCAAAACCGGUCGUGGGUUGUCGAAGAGUUUUCAGCAACCUUAGAUAAGGGUCCCAAAGAACCGGAGGAGCGACAGAGACGUCUACCUGCAGUGGGAAUUCAAGGCUUGGUAGCUGUGUUGAUAACCUCGUCGGAAUUGGAUCAGCCAAAGUUCUUCCCUCGUCUGUCUCUGGAACUUGUUGUUGGGGGAGUGGUCACUGAAACAAAAACCACUGUCGUGGACCCGAAGGUGCUGUUCAAUGGGAAAUUUUGUGAGAAGGAACAGUAUGUCCCCGUGGAUCCGGAUGUGCCAGUAUUUCCUCGACCAGAAAGACGGUUACUCAUUCUCCACUAUUUUCACGAGGCACCAGUUAUCUUCGAGGCACGAAAGAUCGACGAUACUUUGUCGCCCGCACCAUCAAGUGAGUCGGGUCAAAACAGGACUUCGCCAGCUUAUGUGAAGGUGCGGAUUGAACAAAAAAAGGUGACAACGCAGAUCCCCGUGGUAGAAGGAGAUGAAAAGUGGAUUACCAUUGGAUGGGCCAAACUGCAUUGCUAUGAAGAAUACAUUCCAGCCGAUGGACCUCAACCUGAGAUGAAAAGUGGAUUACCAUUGGAUGGGCCAAACUGCAUUGCUAUGAAGAAUACAUUCCAGCCGAUGGACCUCAAACUACCAGCAAACGGACAGGCAAUUUAUCAAAUUGAAAAAGGAACUAGAGAAGAUCUUUUCCCAGAAACCGAAUGGCCACAAAACAUUUGUUCUGAAUGGACAACGGACGGACCGUAUAAGUUCUACGAAAAUGACGACAAUGUACUGACCUCACGGAAAUUGCUACUUCUCCGUGCUGGGUCGCAGUUGUCAGCCACAAUCUUCAACCCGGAAACGGAUAGACCAGAUACAAUACUUCCUGUCAUCAAGAAGGUUAUCAAACACAAGCCGGCUGCUGUUCACAAAGAGCAUGCCUUAAAGCCUUUGAACAUACCUGUGAUGGAGCAAGAUUCCAGCCUUUGUGUACCUGCGUACCUGUGGCGUAGGUGUGAUAUCAGCUUCUCUGUCAAGCAUCGAGUUUACAAUGCUACUGUGCGCUCCAUGUUACUAUAUGGAUCAGAAAACCGGCCGCGGCACGCUGAGGACGUCAAAAGACUUUCAGUGUUUGAUCAUCGAUGUCUUCGGAGCAUUGCCCUGCACUGGAUCAGCAAUUCUGAAGUACAUCGAAUGGUAUUCGAGAGAAAUAACUUACCCUUGAUAGAUGAACUGAUCACACUUCAUAGGUUGCGCUGGCUUGGCCACGUGCUGCGUAUGCCAGCCGACCGAAUUCCUCGAAGGGCUCUUUUCGCACAACCACGUGAAGGGUGGAAGAGAGCCAGAGGCGGUCAAACAAUGACUUGGCAGCGAAGUAUGAAGGCCAUUACCAGCAAACUCAGCUGCGCUGGUCAUUGCCAUCUUCCUGGAUGGGGACCCCGAGACGGGCCACAUCAGUGGUUAGAGACAUUGUCAGACAUGACCCAGCCGUGUCCUCAAUGGCGCUCAUGCAUUCAAGCUAUUGCCUUCAAUGCAUAA